GUCCGCCAUAAUUUUAGCAGAAGCAGGUGCGAUGAAUUCGCCGCAAUCAGUAUUCACAAAUGAACCGUUUAUUGUAAAGUAUAACAGGUCUUUGUUGAAUCAGCGUGCAGUGACAUAUACUUCGGUGAGACAGUAAGAGAUUUCAGCUCGGGAAUGUGGCACUCCGAAAUUUGUCAGAAGCCAGCGGAAGUCAGUGAGAAUACAGGAAGUAACCGAGUUCAAUUUUGAUCUGAUGAGUAACCUCGGAAUGAUUUGACUUACAAGUUCACAUUUGUAGGCCGCUGCCAUGAAGAAAUUUUUCUCAAAAAUUGACGGUUCAACACAGCAAAAUGCACAUAUUGGAAAAGUGUUCCAAGUUGGUAGAUACAGUGUCACAGUUGAAGAUGUGAUUGCAGAAGGUGGUUUUGCCAUUGUGUUUUUGGUGAAGGUUCAAAAUGGAUCCCGCUAUGCCCUCAAGCGCAUGUACGUCAACAAUGACCGUGAUUUGGCAGUCUGUCAAAAAGAAAUCAAAAUUGCUAAAGACCUCAGUGGUCACAAGAAUAUCAUCCGUUUCCUUGACUCCAGCGUGGCAGUGACACCAAACAGAGUGUAUGAGGUUCUCAUCUUGAUGCAGUACUGCAGAGGGUCUGUCAUACAGCUCAUGAAUGACCGGAUAAAUACUGGCUUCUCAGAGAAGGAAGUGCUGAAAAUAUUCUGUGAUGUGUCCGAGGCAGUGUCGCGUCUCCACCACUGUCAGACUCCCAUCUUACACCGGGACCUCAAGGUUGAGAACAUCCUCAUUGGAGAAGGGGGCAAUUAUGUUUUGUGUGAUUUUGGCAGCGCCACAGGUCGAACCAUGACGCCAGAGUCACAUAAUGUAAAACAGAUUGAAGAGGAUAUUCAAAAAUAUACAACAUUAUCAUAUAGAGCACCUGAGAUGGUUGAUCUUUAUGGGGGGAAACCCAUCACAACAAAGGCUGACAUAUGGGCGUUGGGCUGCUUGUUGUACAAACUGUGCUUCUUCUCGCUUCCUUUUGGGGAAAGCUCACUGGCCAUUCAGAGUGGCAAUUACACAGUCCCAGAUAACUCCAGAUACUCCAAGAAACUACAUUCAUUAAUAGCCUACAUGCUUGAAGUUGAACCUGAAAAGAGGCCUGAUAUAUACCAAGUGUGUUGUGUUGCUUUCCGUUUGAUGGGCCGGGAAAACCCUGUGCCAAAUAUGAAUUCUUCUGCGUCACCAGACAUGAACUCCCUUCCUUCACCCAUGUCCGAGGCAGAGGCACGUCAGACCAGGACAACAGCACAGAAGUCGGUGGUGUCAUCAUCAAUAGAGAGUACGAGUGUGACACCUCGACAGAGGCCGAAGGGGUCGGCAAUGCCUCAGAGUGGAGGUCUAGGAUUGCCCAUUCAGACUGCUAUAGUACCAAGGAAAAGACCCUCAGUCAGCAACCCUAAUACACCUGUUGAUCCCCAGCAGCCAUCUCCAAGCUACACAGGCCAACAACACCUGGCACCCUCCCCACAGUACCCUCAACAGCCAUCACCACAGUACCCCCCAGGGCAAGCACCUGUCUUCAACUCACAGCAGAUGCAGUUCCUGGGUCAGCAGCAGCUGCCCGUCCCCCAGGGCUCCCAGAUGUACUCGUCCCAGCCCCCUGCAGUGUUACAGCAUGCUCUCAGUGACCAGUACAGACAGCAGGCUAUCUCACAGUCGCAUAGUGCUGAAAACUUAAUAUUCCCUGCCAACUUCUCUGACCCAUUCCAAGAACAGGGAGCAGGGGGCGUUGCCUCUGUGGAAACAGGACAGUUAAUACAGAUUGAUGAUGACCUACAUCACCAUCAGUUACAACAACAACAACAGCAGCAGCAGCAGCAGCAGCAACAACAACAGCAACAACCCGAAGGAGACAACACCACCAUCUGUGUCAACGCAGGAGGAUAUGUUUAAAAAGCCUGUAGUUCCUGCUCCAAAGAUGAACACUGUUGAUGAUAAUCAG